AUGAAAGUGUUACAAAUGAUUCUCAUCGUUGUUUUAUUUUUCGUUCUCAUUCCUCAAAGUGAAUCCACUCCAUUGAUGUCUCGACGAAUGAAACGACGUUUGAUAAUGCGACAACCAAUGAUGGAUAUGCCCUUUGAGGAUGUUCUCGAUAUGCACAAUUUAGGAGCAAGCACUCAAACAAAGCGCAACUUCUUCCCAAUCUCGACUGUCUACGAGCUCUGG